UUCCCCAUUGCUCCUCUCUCUCUCUCUCUCUCUCUCUCAAUCGGAAAAUUUCCAAAAAUAAAAAUAAAAAUCCAAAACUUUACCGUUGUUUCCCGCCAAAAAGAGAAGAAAAGAAAGGAAGAGGAAGAAGAAGAAGAAGAACGAAAGAAAGAAAGAAAAAUCCAAUGGCGAAAGACGAUGACGAAUUCCGAGGCGAGGUCGAAGAGCGCCUCAUCAACGAGGAAUACAAGAUCUGGAAGAAGAACACGCCCUUCCUCUAUGACCUCGUCAUCACGCACGCCCUGGAAUGGCCGUCGCUGACCGUGCAGUGGCUGCCGGGCCGCGAGGAGCCGCCGGGGAAGGACUACUCGGUGCAGAAGAUGGUGCUCGGGACCCACACGUCGGAAAACGAGCCUAAUUACCUGAUGGUGGUCCAGGUGCAGCUGCCGCUUGAGGACGCGGAGAAUGACGCCCGUCAGUAUGAUGACGACAGAGGCGAAGUUGGUGGGUUUGGAUGCACCAACGGGAAGGUUCAAAUAAUUCAGCAGAUAAAUCAUGACGGAGAGGUUAACCGAGCUCGCUAUAUGCCUCAAAAUCCUUUUUUCAUUGCAACAAAGACAGUUAGUGCGGAGGUGUAUGUUUUCGACUAUAGAAAUCAUCAAUCUAAGCCUCCUCUAGACGGAGCAUGCAAUCCUGAUUUGAGGCUGAGAGGCCACAACACAGAAGGCUAUGGUCUUUCUUGGAGCGUUUUCAAGCAGGGACAUCUACUGAGUGGUUCUGAUGAUGCUCAGAUAUGCUUGUGGGACGUCAACACGACUCCUAAAAACAAGGUUCUCGAGGCUCAACAGAUUUUUAAGGUCCAUGAAGGUGUUGUUGAAGAUGUUGCAUGGCAUUUGAGGCAUGAAAAUCUGUUUGGUUCAGUGGGUGAUGACCACCACCUACUUAUAUGGGAUCUUCGAUCGCCAUCAGCAAACAAACCAAGCCAAUCUGUAGUUGCUCAUCAAGGUGAGGUUAACUGCCUAGCAUUCAAUCCCUUCAAUGAGUGGGUUGUAGCAACAGGUUCGAAUGAUAAAACUGUUAAGCUGUUCGACCUCCGCAAGAUAAAUACUGCUCUCUAUACCUUUGAUUGUCACAAAGACGAGGUUUUCCAAGUAGGAUGGAGUCCAAAGAAUGAGACAAUAUUAGCAUCUUGCUGUCUUGGAAGGAGGCUCAUGGUGUGGGAUCUCAGCAGGAUCGAUGAGCAGCAGACGCCAGAGGAUGCUGAAGAUGGCCCACCAGAGUUGCUGUUCAUUCAUGGUGGCCACACCAGCAAAAUUUCAGAUUUCUCAUGGAAUCCGUGCGAGGAUUGGGUCAUUGCCAGCGUGGCCGAAGAUAACAUCCUUCAAAUCUGGCAAAUGGCUGAGAAUAUCUACCACGACGAAGAUGAUCUACCUGGUGAUGAAUCCACCAAGGCUCCAUGAUUAUCGGUUUUUGUGACCACCAACUGGGUAAAAAGUUCUGAAAAAAUAUAGAAAAAUGAAUUUCUUGUUUAUGAUACUUUUUAGGCUAUACAUUACAAUUGAGGAAUGUAGGGUAGAAUAAGAAGGGGACCCUGAUGCACCAAGCAGGCCUAUGGGUUGGUGAUCCAAACGGUUGAUCUGAUUGGGCCUGCCCUCAAUUGGGGACCCCUAGAAAAUAUCCCAGUUUAAAGGUUCCUAACUCGGCGAUCAGUGACCUAAAACAGAAAAAAAAUUUAGCAUCAGCUCAGAAAAAGAACAAAAGAUUGAAUGGCUAGGAUCAAAUCUGGAAAGAGUUUUUUUGGGUCAUCUCCAUACGGUGGUGUGUAUCAAGAUCAACAUUCUGGAUUACCAUGGGCCUGUGGAUGAACUGACUAUGGUUAGUGUUUUCUUCUAAUUUUUGUAGGCGCUGCCUUGUCCAUGGCUGAUCUUUAGCUGUUUGUCUGAUUUUAUUUUAUAUUUAAUUAUGUAUUUAUCUGA